UUGUAAAACACAUUGGCAUCUUAAAUUUCCGCACAGAAAAACAGAAUGUGAACCUCUUCACGUCCAUGAGUACAUUACACCAGUCUUCUUCCAGACACGAAAAAAUCAUACUUUUGAAAACAGCACUUAUGACAACAUGAAUCCUUAAACAGCUAUUUACACAAAGAAAUCUGAUGCAAGUAGCCCAUUAUAUUUAUUUUAAACAUUUUUCAUGGGCAUGCUAGUUGCUGGUAAAUUCUGCAUAUUUGAAGUCAAAUUCUUCAUGACAUAGAAUGUUAAUACAUAAAGAAGCAGGCAUCAGUGGGGCAUGGCUACAGUGGUUCAUAUGCAUCAGUCUCUCACUUCUUCAUGGAGUCAUAUCGGAAACCAGUAGAGCCCUGGAUAUGAUGACAAAAUAUCCACUAAUUGAUGGACACAAUGACUGGGCACUACACUUGAGAAAACAUGAUGACAACAAACUAACAAAGGUUAAUCUCUACAAUUAUCCUCAGGGGGCUACAGAUAUCACUCGCCUCAUUGCUGGCCAUGUUGGAGGUCAGGUUUUUUCAGCAUACGUGUUGUGCACUGCUCAGGACAAAGAUGCUGUCAGAUUGACCUUGGAACAGAUUGAUGUCAUUCGUCGUAUGUGUACUGAAAAACCAGAGUUGGAACUGGUCACCACUUCUGAAGGAAUGAAGAAGAGUACAAAAAUUGCAUGUCUAAUCAGUGUGGAGGGAGGCCACUCCAUUGACAGCAGUUUAGCAGCUCUACGCAUGUUUUACCAGCUCGGCGUGAGAUCCAUGAGUCUCACACACACCUGCAACACACCGUGGGCAAAGAGCUCAUCUAGUUUUUAUCAACAUUACCAGUGGGUGAACAACAGCCUGACAGAAUUUGGCAAGGAAGUGGUGCAUGAGAUGAACCGAUUGGGAAUGCUGGUUGAUCUGUCUCAUAGUUCUUGGGAGACAGCCAGAGCAGUGCUGAAACAUACAGCCGCUCCAGUAAUUUUCAGCCACUCCUCAGCCUAUGCUGUCUGUAACAAUGUUCGCAAUGUACCUGACGACCUGCUGCUGCUACUGAAAAGAAACGGCGGGCUUAUCAUGGUGAACUUAUACAACAAUUUCAUAGCAUGUUCAAGUAACAAAGCAAACGUGUCUAUUGUGGCUGAUCACUUUGAUCAUAUAAAGCGGGUUAUUGGAGCUGAAAGCAUUGGGAUCGGAGCAGACUAUGACGGAGCUCAAGGAUUCCCUGAAGGCCUAGAGGAUGUCUCUAAAUACCCUGCACUAAUUGAGGAGCUGAUAGCAAGGAACUGGACUGAGCAAGAGUUGGCUGGGGUGCUGAGACUCAACUUCCUCAAAGUAUUUGAGAUGGUUGAAAAGAUACGUGAUGAUAUGUUGGACACUUCUCCCAGUGAAGUUGAAAUCCCGUUUCUGGAAGCAAACAACAGCUGUCGUGCGAUGCUCAUCCAUCCAACCAAAGUCAGCAAAAUGGUUAAAAAUGGAAAUGCUCCCCAGACGAUGCCUGCAGGAGCUUUUGCCUGGUUCAUCUUAUUUUUGAUCCAGUCAAUCUAAUAUUACAUCAAAUCAAAUGGAGACUGUAUACAACUGAUGUUUUACUACAGACUACUUUGCUAAUUAAUCUCGAGACCAGCAUUUAAAGUAAACUUGCUGACUGAAGCCUAAACAAUUACAUUUAAGACAUUUUCUGAAAUUGAUACAUAUAAUAGUGUCUUAAAAUGUAUUGCCAGUGCAGAUCACUUUAUGUAAAGGAAUAAAAACAGAGAGCACUAGAGUGACAGUAUAUACAUAUCUGUAGAUUAUAUAUUUGUUGCAAUUAUGCUUUAUUCAUUUAUUAUAGAAGGAAAAAAAUACUUUUAUAAUUGCUAGCUUAUUUCUUUGUCAAAAUAAGAUCAUAUAAAACAUUUUGCAAUUUGUAGUACACUUUAUUGAAACAUUUUAUUCCAUAUAUUUUUUUAAAUAUAUAAAUAUAUAUUUUAUAUUAUAUUAAAAAACCUAGCAGCACAUUAGCUCAGUGGUUAGCACUGUCGCUUUACAGCAAGAAGGCUGCUGGUUCGAGUCCUAGCUGAGCUAGUUGGAAUUUCUGUUUGGAGUUCGCAUGUUUUCCUUAUGUUGGCGUGGGUUUCUUCUGGGUGCUCCAGUUUCCCCCACAGUCCAAAGACAUGCGCUAUAGGUGAAUUGAAUAAGCUAAAUUGGCUGUAGUGUAUAUGGGUAUUUCCUAGUACAUGUUGCCGCUGAAAGGGCAUCCACUGCGUAAAACAUAUGCCGGAAUAGUUGGCGGUUCAUUCCGCUGUGGUGAAGAUAGAGACUACGCAGAAUGAAUGAAUGAUUGAAAGAAAACUGCAUGUUAUAUGAAGUGUUUAAUCUUCCUCUUCAACAUGUAACACUGUACAGAUGAAAUACAACCAUUAACAAAUAACUGCCCUUAUAUUACAGAUAUAAAUGUUGUUAGUCAGCACAUCCUUCUGUAUAUUUUUCUAUUUGUAUAACAAAUGUAUAUAUUUCUGUACAGUAAUCAUACCCUAGAAAAAGAAUAAAGACUUUAUCUAUUCACAUCCAAAA